AUGUGCACCGACAUUUCCAAGGUCACGCUCAUCGUGCUCAACUUUGCGUUCCUUGUCGCCGGUGCGCUCCUCAUCUAUGUCGGCGCAGCCACGUCGUCGAGCUGGUCGACCAUCUACGAGUCGGCGUCCAACGGCUCGACGUCGGCGACCUUCAGCCUCCUCAUCGCGUUCGGUGUGCUCGUCGUGCUCAUCGCGUUCAUGGGUCUCAUCGGCGCCAUCAAGCGCCAGAAGUGCCUCCUCUACACCUACGCGUUCUUCGUGUUUGUCGCGCUCGCCCUCUUUGUCCUCAUCACGAUCACGGGCUUUGCCGGACGCCGAGGUCUCGGUCGCCGAGGCUUUUGA